AUGGUGGAGGUCAGUUGCUUUUAAUCAAGAUUAAUGGAUUUGUUCAUAAAUACUUAAAUAACACAAUAAAUGUAUAAAUUGCUUAAUUAUAUAAAUAAUAAUGAAGAUACUAUCAUAUCAAGUAGUGGUGAUUCUACUAUUAAGUUUUAGAUUAAGCAAAAUGGAUGGAUCUGUCAAUAAACAAUCACAGAUCAUAAGGAUGCAGUUUUUUAGUUAAGUUAAAUGAAAAUCAAAAUAAAGUUAUAUCAGAUGGAUGGGAUCAAUUAAUAUUAAUAAUAGAAUAUUCAGAACAUAAUAAAAAGUGGACAGUAAUAUAAAAUAUUAAAGUUGAUUGUUAAGGAUUGAUAUUAUGUUUUAUCAAUAAUAAUCUUUUCACAUUUCAACCUUAUAAAGGUAAUUUGAUGCAUGUCUAUGAGUUAAAUAACGGGAGUAAAUAGUUCACUAAAACUAAUCACAUUGCUCUUGUUCAAAAUAUAUUCCGUUAUGUUAUUUAAAAUCAAAAUAAUUACUUGUGAGUAAGCAUAAUAAUAUCAAAUUAAUAAGAAAGACAAAAAAUUAUGAAUUAAAAGUUGAGUAAUCUAUUAAAUUUGGAAGUUAAGUUUUAUUCGGGUAAAUGAGUGAUGAUGGAGAGUAUUUAAUAACUUGGGAUAAUUCAUCUUAAGAAAUAAGGAAAUAUACAGAAAAAUGA